CACUGACCGACGCGUCAAAAACUAAAUCAUUCGCUGUUUGCCUGUUCGCCUGUUCGCCUGUUCACUCUCUCGAGUUCCAGCUACACCAUCCGGCACACUAUAUUUAGAAAAUAAUAUAGUUUAAAAUACAUAUACUUCUAUUUUUCGAAGUCAUGGGGAAAAGAAAAAGAAAAACAGUUUCUGUCACCAAAAAAACAAAUACAAAACAUUACAAUCUCAGAGAUACAUCAGGAAUAACCUCAAAGAAUAGUUUUGAUAUAAAUAAAUCAAAUAAUAAUGAAAACAACAAUUUAGAAAAACUAAUAAAUCGCAGUAUGAAUUGUAAGGUAGUUUUAGAAAAUAUAGAUAAUAUUAUAACGAAAAACAAAGAAAAAAAUAAACUAAAAGAAAAACCAAUUUUACAAGUACCCGACCAAUUGAUAAGUACUGAAAAUCAAUUUAAAACAAACACAGACAUUAAAACAGUAGAAUCCAAUCAGGAACAAAGCACUCAAAAAAUUGAAAAAAAGUCUUCUAAAUUACCAGAUAACAAUGAUGAAGGACUUGCCGAAAGUUCAUUUUUGUGUACCCCGGUGCUCGAAAAAACAAGAGAAGUUCUAUUCAAUGAAAAUUCAAAUGAAACUGUGCUAAAUAAAAACGAAUCAAAUUUAAAAGACCACCACGGUCGUCUUAUACAUCCCGUUUGUGCUGUGUAUAAAAAACAUAUUAAUGACGAUUUAUCAAAGCGUGGUUGCCGGCACAAAAGAAAAUUACUUGAGGUUAUAGAAAAGUUAAAUGAAUUUCAUAAACGUUCUAAGACUUCAUAAAAAAAGAAAAUGUAUUGUAACCCAUCAUAUAUUUUAAAUAGGUAUUUAAAUAUUCUUUUAUAUUCUUAAAGAAUUUUGAGAUGUAUAUUUUUAAAAUUAUUUAUUUUUACAUGUGUUAAUUAUUGUAUUUUUUAGAAUGUUAUAGUAGGUAUCUUUAUUAGAUAAAUUAAAAGUUAAAAAAUAAUACAUAAGAUAUAUAAAAUUAAUAUUAUACCAUUUAUACCCCUUAACAUUAAAAUGUAUUAAUGUUCAAUAACACAAGAUGUUAAAUUUGUAACUUAUAUUUCUUUUAAAGUAUAAAUUCUUGAAUUUUACAAUAAGCUUGGUUUAUGAUUAUAAGUAGUGGCGCCCUUCGACCAUAUAAGCUAUUAGCAUUUAGCGAGGGAGUAUUAAAUUGCAUUUGUUCCGAUAAAUUAUGUUUUAGCUGAAAAAUAUUACCAAGGUACCUAACAUUGAUUUUACAUACAUACUAACCUAAUAAGUACACAUUUGCCUUAUCCUUAAAUUUGAACAAAAAACUGUUGGUAUAGAUUAGUUAUCACACGUAAAAGUUAAUAUAGAAAAAUACGAAUCAAAAAAUAAAGAACCACUCUCAUACAUUUUAGUAAAGAUAGGUAGUUCAGUAGUUCACUUACAUUUUCAAGUCAAAGCGAAAAGGUUAUUACAAAAAAAAACUCCUGUCAGAAAAUAAAGAAAUGUCUGAAGGCCACCUCUGAGGUAUUUACAAAAAUUCGUAAAUCAAACCAUGAACUUAAGUUCAAUUCAUCAAAUUGUUAUAUACCUAUGCAAUUAAAAUGUUAUAAACUCUUAUGUUUUAUUAAACAAAGUGAAUGUAUAUUUAUUUAAUAGUUUUUAUUAAAUCUAUAUUUUAUAGUAAGCACCUAGAAUGUGUACCUACUUAAAUAUAAAUUACUUUUACACAUUUUUCAUAACAUAAUUGUAUAAUUCACUUUGUUAUUUACCAAUAUUUGUUUAUAUUCAUAUUCAUCAUUUUUCAUUGAAUAACCAAUUAGUAUUUUUGUUUUACUGAAUAGCUAUAGGUAUUAGGUACCUAUAUUACACAACUAUUUAAAGUUUGAGAUAAAUGAACACUUAAUAAAUUUAAUAUAAGUUUAAUGUACAACAAAAUACCAUGACUUAAUAUGUAUACAAUUUAAAGCAUAUUUACAAAAUACUAGAUACAAUAUUAAUUCAAUUUAUUAUAAAAUACAUUCAAAUUAAAAUAAUUCAAUUCACUGUACCAUAAUUUUUAACCAAUAAAGGCUUUUGAUUGCACAGUAUCCAGAAUAAUAUUUUAAUACUCAUAACAAAUUGUAUUUUGUAAAUUUAAUUAAAAAUUAUUUGCUAUUUAUUGCUAACAUAGUGAAUGUGUCAAAUUAGGCAAAUUUUUAAUAUUUAAUUACACCGUAGAAAAUUAGGUAAUAUGUUAUACUGUUUAUUUGUAUUAAAAUGAAAAAAUGUAUAGCUGAUUGUUUUAAUAUAAAUUAUCCUGUUCAAUUUUCAUACAAAUAUAAGUCUACUCAUUUUCUCUUUUGUUAGGUUAUAUGUAAUAUUUAUUACCAUAUUAUGUGGUUGUUGAAACUUGCUUCUAAACUAGGUACAAUAGUUUUUCUUUCAGUUUAAAAUAUAACAUAAUCAUAAAUAAAAUUGUAUAAUAAUAAUAAUUAAUGUGUCAUUGCUGAUCAGUAUUUUAAAUAUAAUAUGGUAAUAACUCAAUUUAUAAUUAAAGUAUCAUAUAAUAUUCACAGAACAGGAAUGUAAAAUUUUAAAGAAUAAAUAACACACAAAUAAUAAUAAUUCAGUCACCUCAAACAAAAAUAAUAAUUUAAAAUAAUUGUUUUACAGCAUACAAAUAUUUUAUAACUCACUAAAAUGGAAAUAAUAGCAAAUUUUCAACAAAUAAAAUAAAAUAAAUAAAUAAUAAUAAUUACUAUACAACCAAUAUUGGCA